CGUUUAAACAAAGUAACGAUGUGGCAAUUUAGUUUGUAUGUUUUAGCUCUAGCCGUGGCAAGCAUUACACAUUUGGUUUAUCGGUGGAGAAACCCAAAAUGCAGUGGCAAACUUCCUCCAGGUUCCAUGGGGUGGCCACUACUCGGAGAAACUCUACAGUUCUUCGCCCCUAACCGCACUUGGGACAUCCCUCCCUUUGUAAAAGAGAGGAUGACAAGAUAUGGGUCGAUAUUUCGAACCAGUUUUGUUGGGCUGCCAGUUAUAGUCUCAACAGAUCCAGAUCUUAAUCAUAUGGUGUUCCAACAAGAGGGUCAAUUGUUUCAGAGCUGGUAUCCAUAUAGUUUGAGACAAAUUUAUGGGAAACAGAAUGCAAGUACUUUGCAUGGGUACCUACAUAAGCAUCUCAAGAACAUGAUGCUGAAUCUGUUUGGUCAUGGAAGCCUUAAAAAUAUGCUUUCUGAUAUUGAAAGUGUAGCAACAAGAAACAUAGAGAUGUGGGUUGGCCAAGGAACAGUGGAGUUGAAGGAUGCAACUGCAGAUAUGGUAUUUGGUCUCACUGCAAAAAAAUUGAUAAGCUACGAUCUAGAGAAAUCAUCCGAGAAUUUAAGGGAGAACUUUGAUGCUUUUCUAGAGGGUCUACUUUCAGUUCCAGUGGCAAUUCCUGGAACAACUUACUACAAGUGUCUACAGGGAAGAAAGAAGGUGAUGAGGAUUCUCAAGAACAUGUUAGAGGAAAGAAAGCAAAAGCCUAGUAAGGUCAAAGUUGAUUUCUUUGACCAUGUUCUAGAAGAACUAAAGCAUGCCAAUACAAUCCUCACAGAAGAAAUUGCAUUGGACUUGAUGUUUGUGCUUUUAUUUACAAGCUUUGAAACAGCUGCCAUGGGGUUAUUAGUAGCUAUCAAGCUUCUCACGGACAAUCCUCGAGCAUUAAAGGAAUUAACGGAAGAACAUGAGAAGAUCCUAAAAGAGCGGGAAAAUCUGGAGGCUGGACUUACAUGGGAAGAAUAUAAGUCAAUGACAUUCACAUUUCAGAUUAUUAAUGAAACAGUAAGGUUGGCAAAUAUAGUUCCUGCUAUAUUCAGAAAAGCACUAACAGAUAUAAAAAUUAAAGACUACACUAUUCCAUCUGGUUGGGUUGUAAUGGUAAGUCUACCAGCCGUCCAUUUAGAUCCCGUCAACUAUAAGGAUCCACUCGACUUCAAUCCGUGGCGAUGGGAGGGGAUGGGUAUGAAAGGUGCAUCAAAGAAUUUUAUGGCUUUUGGAGGUGGCCAAAGGUUUUGUGUUGGAGCAGAUUUCGCUAGACUUCAGAUGGCUGUCUUUCUUCAUUGCCUAGUGACCAAAUAUCGGUGGCAACCAAUCAAAGGAGGAGAGACUUUAAGAACUCCAGGAUUACAAUUUCCAAACGGCUUCCAUGUUAAAUUCUUCAAGAAAGAUUAUAAAAUGAACCAAGAUCCAAAAUCUGAAUUAGCUAAUUAUCCCAAACAGAUAUGAAGAUUCUGCUACAGGAGAGCAUGAGAUAUUAGACGCUUCUCACAUAUACUUUGUUCCUUUGUCGUUGUGGUUCUUUCUUUUCUUUUCAGCUUACAUUCCAAUAAAGAGAUAAUAAAAGUCCCCCUAUAUGUUCCUCUACCGAGAAUCAUUUGCACACGUGUUGUCAAGUGCGUGUAUAAAACAAUGAUCCCAAAUUUCUAAUCUUGGUCCUACGUAAAAGAUGAUAUGAACACUAAAUAAAUAAUGACGAUGAAGCGAGAGUGAAAGUAGGAAUAA